CCAAGUGGAGCAGUUUACCACCAACAAUGCCUCCGUUUCUUGGACUCUUCGGUGUGAUUAUCUUGAUUUUUCUCUCCAAUGGGCUUCUGGCAAAUAAAGACUGCAUACCACGUAGGGAUGUGCACGAAUUGAGGGACUGCUGUCGAUUGGAGGAUCCUGUUCCGCGCUCUUUGGAACCAGUUUGCCAGGAAAAAGCGGCUGCAAAGGAGAAUCCUGGAUCGAUGGAGUACGGAAUGUGUUUAUCCCAGUGCAUCUACGAAGAGCUGGGAGUCAUUCAGGGGUUCGAACUGAACGAAGCAAAACUGUACGCCCUGGCCGAUCAAUAUGCAGAAGCUGAUUAUCGAGCUGCUGUGAAGCGAGCAGCUGAGAAUUGUGUUGUUUAUGUGAAACAAAACAUGGAGCAUAUUAAAAAUCGCGCUGGCACAUGCAUUGCUUUGGGAAAGGCAAUAGAAGGUUGCAUGUUCCUAGGGACAUUCGACAACUGUCCUACCAUUCGUUGGACUUCCAGCAUCUUGUGUAACAAGUACCGAGCUGGAGUAAGAAUGUGUUAG